AUGGCAAUGGCAAAUAAUAAGACAAAAUGUUUUACAUGUAAUGAGGAAAAAAUAACAUAUCCUUGUAGAGGUUGUUCAAAAGAAUUUUGUUUAAUGGAUUUAACAAAACAUCAACAAAUAUUAAAUGAUGAAUUAAAUUAUAUUACCAAUGAAUAUAAUGAAUUUAAACAAAGAAUUAAUGAACAAAAACAGAAUCGACGAAAUCAUAUAUUAAUAAAACAAAUUGAUGAAUGGGAGAGAAAUUCAAUUGGAAUAAUUCAACAAAAAGCAGAAGAAUGUAGAAAAAUUGCUAUGGGAUAUUUACCAACAUACUUUAACAAUAUUGAACAGAAAUUUAAUGAUUUAUCUAGACAAAUCAAACAAAUUCAUCAAGAAAAUGAAUUUAAUGAAAUUAAUUUAACAUAUUUAAGAAAUGAAUUAAUAGAAAUUACACAAGAAUUAAAUAAUUCAUCAAAGAUCUUUAUUAAAGAAAAUUCACAAUCAUUCAUUAGUGAAAUUUCAAUUAUUUUAUCAGCAAAAUCAAAAUUUAAUAAAUGGAAACAAAAUGCCAUCACUGUGGCUGGUGGAAACAGGCAAGGACAACGAUUAAGUCAGUGCAAUUACCCCCACGUAAUCUUUAUUGAUAAAAAUAAAAAUAUUUUCAUUGCUGAUUAUUCAAAUGAUCGUAUUGUUGAAUGGAAAUAUAAUGCAAAAGAAGGACAAAUUAUUGCAGGUGGAAAUAAACAAGGAAAUCGAAUGAAUCAACUGAAUGGGCCAACAGAUGUGAUUGUUGAUCAACAAAAUCAUUCGAUUAUCAUUGCUGAUCAUGGAAGCAGGCGAGUAAUUCAAUGGUUUAAUCAAAAUCAAGAAAUUCUCAUUCAGAAUAUUCACUGUUGGGGCUUAGCAAUAGAUAAAAAUGGAUAUCUUUAUGUUUCUGAUUGGGAAAAGCAUGAAGUGCGACGAUGGAAAAUGGGGGAAUACAAGAGAGGAAUUAUAGUGGCAGGUGGAAAUGGACAAGGAGAUCAACUCAAUCAACUCAGUUAUCCUACUUUUAUCUUUGUUGAUGGGGAUGAAUCUGUUUAUGUAUCAGAUACAAGCAAUCAUCGUGUGAUGAAAUGGAGAAAAGAUGCAAAAGAAGGAACAAUUGUGGCUGGAGGAAAUGGUCAAGGAGAAAAUCUCAAUCAAUUAUCUUCACCUCACGGAGUAAUUGUUGAUGAUUUGGGUCAAAUCUAUGUGGCAGAUUGUUGGAAUGAUCGAGUAAUGCGUUGGUGUGAAGGAAAAAAAGAAGGUGAAAUUGUUGUUGGUGGAAAUGGUGAAGGAAAUCAAUCAAAUCAACUGAAUCGUCCCCAUGGUUUAUCUUUUGAUGAUGAGGGAAAUCUUUAUGUUGCUGAUUUUUCAAAUCAUCGAAUUGAAAAAUUUGAAAUAAUAUUGUGA